GGGAUUGCUCUCCACUGUCAGGAGGAAUGGUGGGCCAAGAGGUCCCGGGCCCUGAGCCUAGCCAGCAAGAGCGACUGGUCUUUGGCUGCGGGGACACCGUGGAGCUGAUCUGCUCUCUGCCUGGAGAUGCCGGCCCAGGCUGCGCUGUCUGGUCUAAGGAUGGCACGGAGCUGGUCGCUUCCCACCGCAUCCUGGUGGGGCCCCAGAGGUUACAAGUGCUGAAUAUCUCCCGUGACGAUGCCGGGGUCUACGUGUGCCGGCAGCAGCUCACCCGGGAUGUCCUGUGCCCCUUCACUGUGAACGUGACAGAUGCUGCAUCCUCAGGAGAUGAAGGUGGCGGGAACGUGGCUGGAGACACAGGUGAGAUCAGAGAAGGCCUAGGCAGACUGAGCUGGUCAGGAUCAGGCUGCUUCCUGCCUGGAGUCUUGUUGUUCAAGGGCAGUGCUACAGGCAGACAGUGCCCCGGGGGCAGGGAGGGGGCAGGGCUGCUCGGCAGGGAUUAUGGUAAGGAUUGUGGUGGGAAGGAACAUCACAGGUGUGAGUAA